CAGAUAGUCAUUAUUCGUAAUUUUAAUGAGAAAGAAUAUUCAAAAGCGACCUUUGCCACAUUUUUGUUCUGUGAUUAAAAAAAAUUGAACAUAACAAUCUUUUUUAUUCGAAAAUAAGGCAAUUUUUUUUCCAGGGAAAGAAAAAAUUUCUUUCACCCAAGCAAUAAGAAUUAGGGUUUCUUCUUUGGCCCCAAUUUAGCAUUGUUAUCGGCGUCGCCUUUGUCAUCACCACCGACGCUGUUGCCACUGCCGCCACCGUCCCUCUUUUUUCUCAAUAAGCGUAGUCAUCACUAAGCAUCAAACAGUACCCUUCCUUUCCUUUUUGUUUUAGACUUAAAUCGCCACUGAGCUGUUCCUCGAUUUUUUCUUUAAUCAGAAGAAUUCAAUGAAAAGGUAAGUUAUUCUAUGAAGAAAUUCGAUCCGGAGAAGUUGAUAAACUGGGCGUGCAAGACUCGGCAUCCUCAGGACUCCCUCGACAAGCACAUGGUGGAUCUCGAAAUGAAGCUCCAAAUGGUCUCCGAAGAGAUCGCCGCGUCGCUAGAGGAGCAAAGCGCUGCCGCCCUCCGCCGUGUUCUUCGCGCCAUCCGUGACAUCCUCCGACUUCGCGAGGAUGCCGUUCUCUCCGCAAUUUUUUCGCCGGCAUCCUCGAAAAGCUCAAGAAGUCUUGGCAGCAAUAAGGAAAAGUAACGGUGUUACAGAAGAUAACAGAAUGAUUCUUGGUAUGCACAUCAAAGAUGGAAAGGCAACACGUCUCCCAUUAUGUGAGGACAUCACGUCUUAAAGAAGAAGAGUUCUUUGGGGAGGCAAAAUUUAUGAAGGUAUACCUUACAAGUUACCUUCUUGACAGAAAAAGGUUGAUAAGUGUUAUAAUUAGUGAACUUUUUAUUCAUUAUAAUGUGAUUUAGAGGGGAAUAUGUUUCAUGAAUUUAUGUAAUAUAAAGCAUUGCAAAGUUGUACUCGCUAUUUUUUAAUUUAUUUGAGCUGCUCUUAAGUGGUAUGCCCUUAUGAAAUCUAUAAGGUAAUGGCAUGACCUGCACAGUUCCAUGACUUUAAGAGAAGCAUUAAGAUUUUAAUAUUAACUAUAGGAAACCUCUGUUGCAAAUGCUUAUCUGGGAGAUGUCAUUUUCUUUUUCUUGAAUAUGU